ACUCGGUGAGCGAGCUCUAGCUCCAGGCUGGGGGAGGGUGCUCGCUGCUACCUAGACUGCUGGUCUUAGAAAGACGGUUGGAACCGGGGGAAAGGCCUGGUGCCUAUGGGGCGCAGAGCUGGCCGAGACGCUGCAGAACUUGUUAGGUUUAGAAUCACAGAACUGGAGAGGCAGGAGAAAAACAGAGUGAUCUCUCCAACUUUUAACCUUUAUGAAUGAUUACGUCCCGGCUAAAGCCAGUUCGUGAGACUGUACUGUGUAUAUAUGAUUUGUAUCAGGUAUGCAGAAAAAUUUCAAAAGCAGCAAGGCAGGAGUACCCUAUUCUUGUACUCUUCUAACUCUUGUUAUAUUUUGUGGUACUGUUACUGAACGUCUCACAGUGUAGGCAGCGCUUGCCCUUCCCCAACACCAUCUGCUCAUUCUAAAAUUUUUUGUUUUAUUUUAGUUAGUUGUGGUUUACUCUAGGAGUAAGUGGAGCUAUGAUGGCAUCUACUAGUGAUACCAAGAUCUGUAAGAACCAGGAUGGACUUUUGGCAAUAAAAAUGGAAGAAGAGUGUAAGUAUACCACCAGACAAGAUAGGAACCUACACAACACCACUUAUAAUAGAGAUGUCUUCCGAAAAUACUUCAGAGAGUUUUGCUACCAGGAAACAUCUGGACCCCGGGAGGCUUUGAGCCGACUCAGGGAACUUUGCCGUCAGUGGCUGCGACCAGACUUGAACAGCAAAGAGCAGAUCCUGGAGCUGCUGGUGCUGGAGCAGUUCCUGACCAUCCUGCCAGGGGAGCUGCAGGCCUGGGUGCAGGAGCAGAAUCCCGAGAGUGUGGAGGAGGUGGUGACUGUGCUGGAGGAUUUAGAGAGAGAGCUUGAUGAACUAGGAUACCAGGCCUCGGUCCAAACUGAAGAACAGGAAAUGUUACAGGAGACGAAGCCUUUAGCAGCAGAGCAGAAACCCAGUGUGUCCCUUCAGUUUGUCAAAGCCAAGGCAGGGUGUGGACCUGCAGACCGUGAAGCCCAGGAGGAACAAGUUUCAGGUGCUGACACUGGAAAUGAGUCCAGGAAUGUGACUCUAAAGCAAGGCCUCUGGGAAGGAGUGGAAGCAGAACAGAAUCCCUCUAGCAGAUUAGCAAAGGACGCACUUGCCUGUGAAGGAACUCGUGACCCUGGAGAAGAGUCUUCUGGUGUUUCCCAUGAAGACAGCCAGCCUCUGAGUAAUGAAAAUGGGGUAACAGCUGAGAACUCAGACCAUGCUGAACACCAGAACAUGUGUCCAGGGCGCAAAGUGCAUGGGUGUGAUGAGUGUGGAAAGACUUUUACUCAGCACUCCCGCCUCAUAGAGCAUAAGAGAGUCCACACUGGAGACAGGCCCUACAAAUGUGAAGAAUGUGGGAAAACUUUCCGAUGGAGGACUGUUCUUAUUCGACAUAAGGUGGUACACACUGGGGAGAAACCAUAUAAAUGUAAUGAAUGUGGCAGGGCUUUUGGCCAGUGGUCAGCUCUUAACCAACAUCAGAGACUUCACUCGGGAGAAAAACACUACCACUGUAAUGAAUGUGGCAAAGCCUUUUGCCAGAAAGCAGGCCUCUUUCACCAUCUCAAGAGCCACAGAAGAAACAGACCUUAUCAGUGUCUUCAGUGUAAUAAAAGUUUUAAUCGCCGUUCCACACUUUCUCAGCACCAAGGAGUUCACACUGGUGCAAAACCCUAUGAAUGCAGUGAUUGUGGGAAAGCUUUUGUUUAUAACUCAUCUCUUGCUACCCAUCAGGAAACCCAUCACAAGGGGAAGCCCUUCACUCAAAGUGGUCCUACUCAGCAGCAGAGGAACCACACCAGCGAGAAGCCCUACAAGUGCAGUGUAUGUGGAAAAGCAUUUGGUCAAAAACCAAGUCUUACAGAACAUGAGCAAAUUCAUACUGGAGAGAUCUUAUAGAUGUGCUGAGGGCGGGAAGGCCUUCAUUCAGAUGUCAGAACUCAUGGAUCACUAGGGAACCCACAUUGCAGGAAGGUCCUACAAAUGUGGUGAAUGUGGCAAGACCUUCUGAUAGGAGUCAGAGCUUAGUAAGCACUAGAGAAUCUGUAGUAGACGUGGUCCCUAAAAGUGUUGUGUGUGGGGAAUUAUUCACACAGAACUCAACUCUUAUCAUCAGACUAGUCACAAAAGAGCAAGAAUUCUGUGUGAUGACUCCAGGGAAGCCAUCUGAGUGUAGGCUGCUGAGAAAUACUGUAUUUGUAAUGUUUUGUGGUGACACUUCAGCCUUUGCUGCUCUGAGACCAUAAAUAUUAGA